AUGGGACUGGGGCAGGCGCUGGUGGCCGCGGCCAUGUGCGCCGCGGUGCUGGGCUGCGUGGGAGCGUCCCGGCUGCUGAGCGGGCAGACAGUUUGCCGGGGUGGAACUCAGCGACCGUGCUACAAAAUCAUUUACUUUCAUGAUGCUUUGCGCAGGAUCAACUUUGAAGAAGCGCACCAGACAUGCAGAAGAGAUGGUGGGCAUUUAGUCAGUAUUGAAUCAGGAUCAGAACAGAGACUGAUUGAAAAAUUGAUUAAGAGUCUCUUGGCUUCAGAUGGAGAUUUUUGGAUAGGACUUAGGAGAAAAGAGGAAGACGUGGACAAUAGCACAGAAUGUCAGGGCCUGUAUUCAUGGUCUGAUGGCAGUACAUCCAAAUUUCGGAAUUGGUAUACAGAUGAGCCUUCCUGCGGGAGUGAGAUCUGCGUUGUGAUGUACCACCAGCCCUCUGCCCCGGCAGGUGUCGGAGGUUCCUAUAUGUUUCAGUGGAAUGAUGACAGAUGCAACAUGAAAAAUAACUUCAUUUGCAAAUAUUCUCUUGAAAAACCAACUGCUGUCCCAGAAGAGAACUCCCAAGUGGAUGUUGUCACGGGGUCCUGGAAGCCAACAUUCCCAGAAGAACGCAUUAAGGAAGAUGCCAAUGAAACCGUUAAAGAACCCAAAGAACCUGUUUUGAGUCUUGUCUACAUCUUAAUUCCCAGCAUCCCUCUGCUCCUUCUCCUGGUGGUCGUUACAGCCAUCUUCUGUUUUUGGCUUUUUGCAAAGAGGAAACGAGAGCACAUGGAGGCGAGUCCAAAGGAACAAGAUGCCUGGAUCUCCCCCCAUAGGAAGAACAGUCCCAAUUUGGAGAUUUACAAUGUAAUUAAAAAACAAAUGGAGGCAGAUCUGGCUGGGACCAGGCCAGAUAUUAAGAAUUCUUCCUUCCGAACCCCUUCCGGAGACCACACGUCUGACAACUUCUCCGGAGAUUACGACAACGUGGCUGUGAAUGCUACAGAGAGCGGUUUUUUGACAUUGGCUAGUACUGAAAGUGGCUUUGUGACCAAUGAGAUCUAUGAGCUGUGCAAUGAUCGGAUGGGACAAAGCAAGGAGUCGGCCUGGGUGGAAAACGAAAUCUAUGGAUAUUAAGGAAACUGGAAACACUUGGAUGUGGGUGACGUAGCAAAUAAAAACACGAGUAGUCCCCCACACAUCAUAUUUAACGGUAACACAAAAAUUAUGUGUGUGGCAGUGCAUAGUGGUUUCAGAUCACCUCUGUGCUCAUUCAUUUUUUUUAAAGGCUAUGUUAUUUGAAGAGUUGAACACAACAGAAUGUAUUUAGCUUGCCUUGCUUCAAACCCCUGUUCAAUACUGGGAAUGAUCUGUCUUGGUCUUGGUUCUUUUUUUCUGUUGGAACUACAAUAUUUUCUGAGCUCUGGACAUGAAAAUAUUUCUACGUCUUUGCAACUAAAAAUCAGUCCAAGUUCCAAAUUCUUUUGUUUUGUUAACGGACCUCAUCCACAUGGAUGUUUUUAAGUCGUACGCAGGCCAUCCUUGCUUUCUCCUAGCUGCACUGGAGAAUGGUGACAGAGUAAAUAGCCAAUUACUGACUGAUGGAUUGUAGAUUUUUCCCCACCCCCCUCUCAUGCUCGUGAGCUGUACUGGAUGCUAUGAAGAUGGAUAAAUGGCUCCUCUGACCGCAGACUGAUGACAUGUUGCUAAUCUCAGCACGGAUGGGAUUAUUAAAAAAGCACAUUUAAUAGAGUUUCUAAGCCAGCUAGGAGAAGUGCAGAGUACACCCAAGCCAUGGAGAUGGUAUGAAGGAAGCUGCCAAACAUCUACGCAAGUGACCCUCCGCUGGAGUUUGUAUCUAAAUCCCCAAUAACCCACAAGUAUUUAGAUUGGAGCAACAGUGUGAUUGUAAGGGAUGUGCCGGCAGCUCUGUGGUUGAAUUAAGUUCCUGCUUUAUCGACUAGUGAAUGCAUUAAGAUUACAAUUAAUUUUUGAGCUGUUGAUACACAAGUAUGAGGCUUUUGUUACCAUGUGAAGUCUAGGACAUGGGCUGUGAGAUGAACUGAAUCUAUCUUAGUUAAGCCUUUUGAAGCACAAUACAAGAUUUAAGACAGCCCUCCGAUCAAAGAUUCAGGAUUAUAUAUUGGAAAUGAAGGUGAGCAUUGGUCUGGGCAUCUUUCUUGCCCCUUCUCUCCAGUAUUUUAUCCCAUUUAGUCUCUUUUCUAUCUGAGAGGAUAAUGUCAGAUAUCGCAGACAAUGUGGAAAGGAGACUGAAAUAAGUGUGUGACUGGCAAUUUCUUUAUACUGUACUUGUCUGGCUCCUGAUUGCAUGGAGAGGUGCCCAGAGUUGCCUUGAGCCACCUGAAAUGAGUUUGAACACCACAAAACUUUCCUAGAAAAGACCAAAACCAAGAUGGACAACGUGCAAACUCUGUGGAUCUGCCAAUGGCCAUGUAUUCUUUGAGAACUGGAUGCCUGUGACUUUGUACUUUAAUACUACCAAAGAGCCCCUUGUCACGCAUUGAAAAGGCAAUUGAGGGAUUGUGAUGAGGAAGCUAUGAAUCAAAAAGUGACCAAGGAAGUACUCUCAUUUCCUAUGUAUCCGACAACUGACACAGUUAAAUCUGACUUACUCCAUAAUGGCAACAAGCUAGUUUCAGUCCUGAUGCAAGUUCUGCUGCACAAGCGUGAGCUGUGUGGCUCGAAGCUUGUGUCACUCACCACCAGGUGUUGUCCCAAUAAAAGAUAUUACCUCACCCACCUAUGGUAAGCCAAGAGAGAGGCAUUUCCCAAACACAAGCUAAUUUAUCCCCACGAAGCUUUACCAUGCUAACCUAUCCAGUACAGCAAGCCUAGCUGUAUCUGUUCUGGGAUGCUGACAAGCUCUUAAGCGAGAUGUGGCGGGGAGGAGUGGAAUCAGAAUCUGAACUCAGGAGAGAGCAGCACUGAUGACUUGGGGUUUACUAUUAUCUUGAUGAUCAAUAGAGCUUUCUAAUGCCUGUGUUUUGCUUGUUUGUAUGCAGUCCUUUGAAUGUUUGGAUUAUGGUAAUCACGGCUUUGUGUGCUCUACGGGAAGCUUGAUAUAAAUCAUGUGGCAAGGUUCCUGCACUGCACAGUGCAGCAGACUGGAGCUCCGGUGUCCGCUUCAGAUAAGUGUAAAAAUGGAGAUUCGUAUUUAACUAGGUACAAAAAUGAAUACACUUAUGGCAGGUUUCCCUUAGCUUUUGAAUAUUAAAUGCCAUUUAUUUUAUGCUGGCCUUACAUUUCAUGCUCUGUAUGAUGCAGAAUGUGUAGUGGGGUUUUUGGUUUUGGUUUUGAAUGCCUAGCUAAUCUUUUUGAGCUGGCAGGAGGAAGCUGGAGGUUAUUGUGGCUGCAUAGGCAUUUAGGAAGGUGUGGGAGGAAGCUUGGGUUUGUGAGAUAAGCACACUAACUGGAUGCAAAAAUGAGGAUCAUCUGUGAAAUAUAUUAAUGUUGACACUGAAAUUUGCAUCAUUAACAUAUAAGGUUAAUACCCCAUUGAAAUGAAUUGAGGGACAGUUCACGCCUAAGCUUUUGCUUCAGGCUGUCCGCAAACUCAGGCAGAUAACCUUGCAUUGAUUUGCAUUUGGUUCACAUUUGGAAAGUUUUUUGCACACCACCCUCAGAGCUUGAGACAUUCUUUUUAAGUGUACGCUUGGGUUGUGGCUCACAAUUUUGCAGCAAGGGGUAGAUUUUGAGGUAAAUUCUGUGGCGGUGGAAGGAGGAAAUGUGGUCUUGACAAACAGCAAUGUGUCUUCUAGAACCUGUUUACAGAAUUCUUGUACCCGUUUCGUCCUGCUAAUAACACUUCUGCUGUGAAUAUGUUCAUUGGGUUGGAUUCUGAAAUGUAUAGCAGCUUGCUGGGAACUGUUAUGUCCAUUCUUGUCCAAGUUUAUCCAGAGCUGGCUGCACCAGUCUGGGAUUAGACAGUUGUGAUCUAUCUGUUCCUGCAUGCUCUGAUGUCCCGUCAUGGAAGGUUAACAUGCUUGUUUUUAUGUUCUCCUGUUGAAUGUGUCCAGUUCCUGAGAGAUCCCACUGCAUUUUGUAUUGUCUACACUUACACUAAUUCCGGUCUGAUUCUGGAGUUGCUCUCAAACAGGGCUUGUUUCCUAAAACUGGGAUUUUGCCUGAACAUAUCUCACUGGUCUGAAAAUGAACUGGGAGUGUUGAAUAGCAGAGUGCCAGAUACUUGGUGUCUAUUUUAAAGGAGAGGAAGGCUGGUCCAGUGUUUAGGACACUAUCCUGGGACACCUGGGUUCAGUUCUGUACUCUGCCACAGUCUGACCAUGGGCAUGUUACUCAGCUUCUCUUUCGCUCCAUUCCCCAUCUGUAUAAUGGGGAUAAUAGCACUGCCCUACCUCACAGGGGUGUUGUGAGGAUAAAUACAUUAAAGAUGAUGAGCUGCUCAGAAACGAUGGUAAUGGGGGCCAGAUAAUUACUUAAUAUUUUAAUUCUCUUGUCCACACAGACCUUUAGAACAUCUUGGAAGCUUAUUGAAGAUAAGCUGUUACAUAAGGAUUUGGAAGAGUAUUUGACUCAGUAUGUGGUUUGGUUGAGCACUUUUGGUGCCCGACACUGAGUACAGCAAGUGAUGCUGCUUAUUUAUUUGGCUUUUGUUCAUCCUUUUCAAAAUUUAAUUAAAAAAAAUAUAUAAAUUCCAUUAAAGCCAAGGCCUGCCCUUCUAUACUGGUGGUAAUAAUACCACCUAGCUCUCAUACAGCACUUUCCAUCCAUAGAUUUCAGUGUCCUGCUCUCUGCCACAGGAGCUUUGCUUAAUCAAGUUCCUGACUUCUAAACACAGAAGAAUCUGGACUAUAGAGCAGGCAGGAAGUACCACUUACCAUAAUCCACAAAGUGAUGGCCAGUGGAUGUAGUUAGGCUCUAGUCUAAAAUAGAGCUCCCGCCUGCCCUUUUCAGUGUCUCUUAGGUGAGAGCUAUUUAAUAGUCUGCACUUGCCAAGGGUUUCCCUGCAACUGUUGAUUUCUCAGAGGAGCAUUCCUAAUUAAGAGUCUGCACCAGUGUCCCAGGGAGAGGCUUUCAUUGGUCUGGUGAGAUUCAAUAAUAAAAAAAAAAAAAAAAUCCCAUUUUUUAUAUGUGUACACCAUACUCUGCAGAAGAUGCAAUGUGACAAUCAAAUGCCAGUUUUCUGGCAUAGAAGAGCUUUAUCUAAAGGCAUAUUGGCUAUAAUACAGAACUGUACAAAACAAGUAGGAUGGAGCAGCACAGAGGCCAUUGUGUGAUCACUAAAGCCAAAACACUUCAGAAUAAUUUCACCUAAUUGGGAAAACCACACCUGCUUUAAACUCUGCUUCCACUAAGAAGCCUCUAAGGAGCCUCUAGCCUUCAGGUUAUCGAUCCAUCCGUUUUCUCUCUGAUUAGAAAUCAGGCAGGGGAGGGAGAGUGACACCGUGAGUGAAACAAGUCAGGAAGAGAGGUAGAUGCAGACAUAUACUGCUCCACGGGUGAGUCUCUCUGGUCAUAAGAGGAAAUCUAAAUAACUCAUGCGCUACGUUCUGCAGCCAAACAAGACUGGCUCUGAAGCAUCUGAAAUGUCAGUAGCUACUGACAGAGAGUUCAUGCAACAUUUAUUUUUUCCUGUUGCACUU